AUGUCCGUUAAUGAUCGCGCGAAUUACAUGAGUGCUCCACGACCCCGCGUUGUCUCUAGCCGCGUCGAGGCCGGCGUUCGCGGCGCAUCACCGCUCCACGAUAACAUGGAACAAUUACGAACCAGCACUUCGAGUCCAAAGCACAGGCUGUCGCGAGACCAGAGAAGCUCAUCUGAGAGACGAAGCGAACGAACUACUGUUACAACGAGGGAGAAGGCGAUCCGCAGGCCCGUCAAGGAGCAGAGCGCUAGUCGCGGUGACAGGGACAAACCCAGGCCCAAAUCAAGCACAGGGACGAAUGGUGCGAGCCCUGCUCAGCAGGUUGACCCUGAAGGACCAUGGCACCCUCAAGCACGCUUGAUGAACCAUUCCACGGCUCCGCUCGCAUGUCGCGUCUCCGUUCCGCCAAUUUCAUUCACUGCGCCGCAAUCACUAGAACCAGAGCCAUUGAAGGCUCUAUCCCCAGAUCAGCAGGAGCGGGCAAUCCUCGAAGACCUGCUGUUUGUGUUCAUGGGAUUCGAAGGCCAAUAUAUCCAGUACCAUGAAUCCUACAACCCUAAUGUGGAAAAAGACCGUAUGACAGGACCGGUUUUUCGACUAUCCUUGGGAUUGGAUCCAACAUUACGAGAUCUGACUCAAUCAAUGCUCAGAAUGGCCACUCAUUAUAGCGCAAUGGAAGCGUUUGUAGAGAUACAAAGUCGUUCGGAAUAUGGCGCAGUGAGCCACGCGCUCUGCGCUUCUAUCAGGAAACUCCUGAAAGACUAUCUUAUUUUGAUUGCGCAGUUGGAAUCUCAGUUGCUGAACAACCCUACGUUCACGUUACACCAACUUCAUCUCCACACCAUGCCUACCAGCGAAUGCCUCUCCCAGCUAUACUCGCUUGGGCAAGAGCUUCUCCGCCGGAACGGGUUACUCGAAGAUCAAGACCAAGAUGACACAAUCGACGAUUUCGACGAUGUGGACAACAUCCUUGAGCAAUUGAAAGAGGGAGGAGACCUGGUCCCAGGUGCCAUGUCGAACAAGAGAAUUUGCAAAGGUGGGAAUGUCCUUAGGCUGCUAACAGAGCGUCUUGCCACAUUUUCAGGCAAUCCAUCGACCAAAGCGCUCAUCCAAGGUCUCCUUCGAGAUGCAAGCCGGCCUUACAUGAAUAUGUUGAAUGAGUGGCUACAUCAUGGAGGCAUCAAAGAUCCCCAUGCUGAGUUCCUAGUCAAAGAGCAGAAAUGGAUCAAACGAGAGAAAUUGGAGGAAGAUUAUACAGAUGAAUACUGGGAAAAGCGGUAUACGAUCCGUGAUAACGAAGUGCCGCCACAGCUUGACAGUGUCCGCGAUAAGGUCCUUCUCGCUGGGAAAUAUCUUAAUGUCGUCCGAGAAUGUGGCGGAGUCGAUGUUAGCAAAGCUGUCAAGGAUGUGCCAAAAACACUCGAUGACCCUCGGUUCCUGGAGAAUGUCAACGCUGCUUACGCCUACGCCAAUGCUUCUCUGUUGAACUUGCUGCUCACGAAGAACUCUCUGACGACUCGAUUUCGCUCUCUUAAACAUUAUUUUUUUCUAGACCGGUCCGACUUUUUUUCUUACUUUCUUGAGCUGAGUGCAUCCGAGUUGCGCAAACCAGCUCGAGUGGUGAACGAAGGGAAAUUGCAGUCUCUUCUUGAUCUUGUCCUCAGACAACCAGGUAGUAUCGCUGCACAAGAUCCCUUCAAGGAGGACGUCAAAGUACGAAUGAACAAGAUUGGCCUCACCAAAUGGCUGAUGCAAGUGGUGAGCGUUUCUGGUAUUGACCAGGAUAACCCAGAGGCAGCUUUCGAGAAGCAACAAGCCUCUGCAGCUCAGAACUCAGACGAGGAUAAAGAUAUAGUCGGCUUUGAUUCCUUGGAGCUGGACUAUUCAGUACCAUUCCCUCUGUCGCUUGUCAUUAGCCGUAAGACGGUUUUGCGAUAUCAGCUUAUCUUCCGGCACCUUCUUUCGCUUCGUCACCUCGAGACCAUGCUAGUCACAUCGUGGCAAGACCAAAACAAGGUGACCGCAUGGAGGCACAAGUCAUCAGAUCGUCGCCUAGAAAUGUGGAAACGUCGUGCGUUCAACCUGCGUUCGAAAAUGCUGGUAUUUGUCCAACAGCUGCUCUAUUUCUGCACGGCCGAAGUCAUCGAGCCGAAUUGGGUUGCAUUGAUGGAUCGAGUCAACGGCGCGGAUGCGGAUGGCUCCGAAGUGACAGUGAAUGGCACCAAACAAGUCAACAGAACCGUGGAUGAGCUAAUGCAAGACCAUGUUGAUUUCCUGGACACAUGUCUGAAGGAAUGCAUGCUUACCCAAGCCAAGCUUUUAAAGAUCCACUCUAAGCUGAUGGUCUGCUCCUCCGCCGACUCAGACUUAUCGGGAGAGAAAGCCACAGGCCCUGAUGCGAGACCCUAUGAUCCAUCGCGGAUCGGCAAGCUUGAAGACACGCUCAGGCGAUAUGAGGAACACUUCAAUCGGCAUUUGCGUAUCCUGAUGGACAGUCUCAAUUACUUUGCUGCCACUGAGAGCGUCGUACUCCUGAAGCUCGCGCAUUCUUUGAGCUCGAUUAGUAAAGAAGAUUGA